AUGUUGUCAUCCUCUUUCAUUUGGUACGCACUCAUAGUAGUUGCAGUGAUUUCUUUCCUUCAUGGAUCAACAAAGAAGAAGAAGAAAUUGCCCCCAGGUCCAAGAGGGGUCCCUAUUCUAGGACACCUUCACAUGAUAGGCAAAAAUCCUCACCAAGAUUUACAUAGGAUUGCCCAAAAACAUGGUCAUAUAAUUUACAUGCAAUUUGGGUUUGUCCCAAACAUCAUAGUAUCCUCCCCUCAAGCAGCUGAGCAGUUUCUUAAGACAUAUGACCUUGUUUUUGCAGGCAGACCACCCCAUCAGGCUGCUAAGUAUCUGUCAUGGGAUCAAAGGAACUUGUCGUUUGGGACUUAUGGCCCUUAUUGGCGCAAUAUGCGGAAAUUAUGUACCUUAGAAUUGCUUAGUAGCCUCAAAAUAAGUUCUUUCCAACCUAUGAGAAGGGAGGAGCUUGCCCUUUUGGUCGAAUCGCUCAAGCACGCAGCACUUGAACGCGUUUCUGUUGAUCUUAGUGCAAAGGUUUCUUCUCUAACAGUAGAAAUGAGUUGUAGGAUGGUGUUCGGUAAGAAGUAUGAGGAUAAGGACAUUGAUGAAAGAGGGUUCAAAGUUGUGAUUCAGGAGGGAAUGAAAUUGGCAGCCAUUCCUAAUCUUGGGGAUUAUUUUCCUUUUCUUGGAGUUCUUGAUCUUCAAGGAUUGACAAAGAAAAUGAAGGCGCUUAGCAAAGUUUUCGACGACUUCUUUGAGAAGGUUAUUGACGAUCAUGUUAGAGCUGGGGACCAAGGCCAAACCAAAGAUAUUGUUGAUACCAUGAUGUCCAUUGUGCAAUCCGGAGAGACUGAGUUCCAAUUUGAUCGUCGUCAUAUCAAAGCCAUUAUGCUGGAUAUGCUUGCGGCUUCAAUGGACACUUCAGCAUCAACAAUGAUAUUGUAUUUCAAAACGACAAUGAGUGCAGAGGUUGUCGAAACUUUUAUUUGGAACACGCUCAGAGUAGUUGCAGUAUUUUCAUUUCUUCAUGGAUCAACGAAGAAGAAGAAAUUGUCCCCAGAUCCAAAAGGUCUCCCGGUUUUAGCAUAUCUUUACAUAGGAUAA